AUGACGUCUACAGACCCCAAGACCACUGACGACAAGCCUGUCGAGCAAAAGCCAGAACAGAAGCCCGCCGCCCUUGGCGAGGACGACGAGUUUGAGGACUUCCCUGUCGAUGACUGGCCCGAGGACCAAACCGAGGCUGCCAAGGGUAGCGGCGAGACCAAGCACCUCUGGGAAGAGAGCUGGGACGACGACGACACAAGCGAUGAUUUCUCACAACAGCUCAGGGAGGAGUUGAAGAAGGUCGAGGCCAAACGCCGAUAG